UUCAAUUGCUCUGUGUGUGAGAAGUCCUUUUCACGGCCAUCACAUCUUAAGAGACACCAGAGAACACACACGGGCGAGAAGCCGUUCCUGUGCUCUGUGUGCGGGAAGACAUUUGCACACUCAUCACAUCUUCAGAGUCACCAGAGAACACACACGGGCGAGAAGCCGUUCCUGUGCUCUGUGUGCGGGAAGACAUUUGCACACUCAUCACAUCUUCAGAGUCAUCGGAGAACACACACUGGUGAGAAGCCAUUCCGGUGCCAUGUGUGUGGGACGACAUUUGCACAAUCGUCAACUCUUCAAGACCAUCAGAAAACACACACAGGCGAGAAGCCAUUCCUGUGCCCUGUGUGUGGGAAGGCAUUUGCACAGUCAUCAACUCUUCAAACUCAUCAAAGAACACACACGGGCGAGAAGCCAUUCCUGUGCCCUGUGUGUGAGAAGUCCUUUUCACGGCCAUCACAUCUUAAGAGACACCAGAGAACACACACGGGCGAGAAGCCGUUCCUGUGCUCUGUGUGCGGGAAGACAUUUGCACACUCAUCACAUCUUCAGAGUCACCAGAGAACACACACGGGCGAGAAGCCGUUCCUGUGCUCUGUGUGCGGGAAGACAUUUGCACACUCAUCACAUCUUCAGAGUCAUUGGAGAACACACACUGGUGAGAAGCCAUUCCGGUGCCAUGUGUGUGGGACGACAUUUGCACAAUCGUCAACUCUUCAAGACCAUCAGAAAACACACACAGGCGAGAAGCCAUUCCUGUGCCCUGUGUGUGGGAAGGCAUUUGCACAGUCAUCAACUCUUCAAACUCAUCAAAGAACACACACGGGCGAGAAGCCAUUCCUGUGCCCUCCAUUCAAUUGCUCUGUGUGUGGUAAGUCCUUUUCACGGCCAUCACAUCUUCAGAGCCACCAGAGAACACACACGGGCGAGAAGCCGUUCCUGUGUUCUGUGUGUGGGAAGGCAUUUGCACAAUCGUCAACUCUUCAAACUCAUCAGAGAACGCACACGGGCGAGAAGCCAUUCGUGUGCCCUGUGUGUGGGAAGACAUUUUCAAAGUCAUCAAAUCUUCAUAGUCAUCAGAGAACACACACGGGCGAGAAGCCAUUCGUGUGCCCUGUGUGUGGGAAGACAUUUUCAAAGUCAUCAAAUCUUCAUAGUCAUCAGAGAACACACACGGGCGAGAAGCCAUUCCUGUGCCCUGUGUGUGGGAAGACAUUUGCAGACUCAUCAACUCUUCAUAGUCAUCAGAGAACACACACGGGCGAGAAG